AUGCACAUGACAUUUGUAGAUGUUAAAGACGUUGCUCUUUCACAUGUGAAAUGCAUGGAACUGGACAUGGACAAUCAACUUAGAUUUUUACCAUCCAAAGGAGAACGUUUCAUUUCAUGUGGAGAUGAAACUAUUUCAAUAAGACAAGUAUGUGAAAUAAUCAAGAAGGAAUUCCCAGAAAGAAACUUUCUCAAAAAAUUACCAACAUUAUCUUUGGAAGGAGCACUUGGAAGUCUAUUAGUGAAGGGAAUAGCUCUAUUUCAACCAAAAGGAAUUAGACAAGGUAUUAAUAGUAAUCUUGGAAAGCCAUCUUAUUAUUCGAAUAAGAAGAUUAAACGAGAAUUGGGUUUAACUGAAUUCAUUGGUAAUAAUGUAAUGAUUAGAGAAACAGUUGAACACUUGUUAAGGAUUAAUAUUGUAAAGGAUUAG